AUGGCGCGCAUCGCUCGGCAGAGAUCUGAGAUGCUCGGACCGGCACAGAAUCGUCACUGGUCUCCCGUCAGACAGCGCCGGUCUCCCCGACUCCGUCCAACUCCGCCCGUCGACUCCGACCAACUCGCCCCCGACUCCCUCCUGCUCCUCUUCGACGACAACGUGCCCUCGUCCCAGUCCGCCUGCCCCCGACGCCUCCUCCGCCCCUCUUGCUCGGCCGCUGCCGCCGAACGCUCUCGUCGCCCGUCCCCCACGGCGCCGCUCCACCGUUUCUACUAA